CGUUUGGUGGAUGACGUGUCGGGGAGUAAAGCGCUUACGCAGGCAGGCCGCAGCUCUGCUAACCCCUCGUUGGAUAUAAAUGAGCGACUCCUCAUAUCGGCGCCGCUUUCGCAUGUAGAUACUUUUAGAUUAGGCGUCAGGACGUCGUAUGAGGUACCAUGUUUGUCUUUCUCCAGCUCCGUUUCGUCGCCGUUUCCCUUUUCAUCUGUGGAGCGCUGCUGCGGGAAGCUGGAAGUUUCUACCUUCCGGGUCUGGCGCCCGUCAGCUUCUGUGAGGCGACGCCGGGGGACCGAGAGCCGGGGGCAGAGUGUCAGGACAAAAUCGAGCUGUUUGUAAACAGGUUGGAUUCAGUGGAAUCGGUUUUGCCCUAUGAAUACACUGCGUUCGACUUCUGCACUGAUGAUAAGUUGAAGCGACCUUCGGAAAACUUGGGCCAGGUUCUUUUUGGAGAGAGGAUUGAGCAAUCUCCUUAUAAGUUCUCCUUUAAGAAGAAAGAGGAGUGUAAACAUGUGUGCACCAAAAACUAUGACACCAAUAAGGCAGAGGACAAGACCAGUGUGGACUUCCUGAAGAAGGGCAUGCUCCUGAACUACCAGCACCACUGGAUUGUGGACAACAUGCCUGUGACCUGGUGUUACGACGUGGAGGACAACCAGAAGUUUUGCAACCCUGGCUUCCCCAUAGGAUGCUACGUCACGGACACCGGCCGCGCAAAAGACGCCUGCGUCGUCAACUCUGACUUUAACGACAAAGACACCUUCUACAUCUUCAACCACGUGGACAUCACAAUCUUCUACCACAACGUGGAGAACGAAAACAGCGGCUCCAGGCUGGUGGCCGCCAAGAUGGAGCCCAAGAGCUAUAAGCAGUCCAAUCCCGAGACCCCAGACUGCACAGGGCCUCCUAUGAGCCUCAGCAACAAGGGCACUGGACCGAUCACAAUCCCCUACACCUACUCUGUACACUUUAAGGAGGAGCCAACCAUCAGAUGGGCCUCUCGCUGGGAUUAUAUUCUGGAGUCUAUGCCGCACACCAACAUUCAGUGGUUUAGUAUCAUGAACUCUCUGGUGAUCGUGCUCUUCCUGUCUGGUAUGGUGGCCAUGAUCAUGUUGCGUACCCUGCACAAAGACAUCGCCCGCUACAACCAGAUGGACUCGGUGGAGGACGCUCAGGAGGAGUUUGGUUGGAAGCUGGUCCACGGUGAUGUGUUCCGCCCGCCUCGUAAAGGCAUGCUCCUGUCCGUCUUCCUCGGCUCCGGAACCCAGAUCUUCAUCAUGACCUUCGUCACCCUCUUUUUUGCGUGUCUGGGCUUCCUGUCUCCGGCUAAUCGCGGUGCCCUGAUGACGUGUGCCGUGGUGCUGUGGGUGCUCCUGGGAACCCCGGCCGGCUACGUCGCCGCCCGCUUCUAUAAGUCUUUUGGCGGGGAGAAGUGGAAGACCAACGUUCUCCUGACAGCCUUUCUCUGUCCCGGGGUGGUGUUUGCUGAUUUCUUCCUGAUGAAUCUGAUCUUGUGGGGUGAGGGUUCAUCUGCAGCCAUGCCCUUCGGCACACUGGUGGCUAUCUUGGCUCUAUGGUUCUGUAUCUCUGUCCCCCUCACCUUCAUCGGGGCCUACUUUGGCUUCAAGAAACCUGGCAUCGAGCACCCCGUGCGGACCAAUCAGAUCCCUCGACAGAUACCAGACCAGUCCUUCUACACCAAGCCCCUACCCGGCAUCGUCAUGGGUGGGAUCCUGCCUUUUGGCUGCAUCUUCAUCCAGCUCUUCUUCAUACUCAAUAGCAUCUGGUCCCAUCAGAUGUACUACAUGUUCGGCUUUCUCUUCCUCGUCUUCAUCAUCUUGGUGAUCACCUGCUCCGAGGCCACCAUCCUACUCUGCUACUUCCACCUGUGUGCUGAGGAUUACCACUGGCAGUGGCGUUCCUUCCUCACCAGCGGUUUCACGGCGGCGUACUUCCUGGUCUACGCUGUGCACUACUUCUUCUCCAAGCUGCAGAUCACAGGCCUGGCCAGCACUAUCCUCUACUUCGGCUACACCAUGAUCAUGGCCCUCAUCUUCUUCCUCUUCACAGGUACAAUUGGAUUCUUUGCCUGUUUCUGGUUUGUUACGAAAAUCUACAGCGUGGUGAAGGUGGACUGACUAGUACAAAUCUCAGUGUACACUUUACCCUCCUCUGACCAAUGAGACACCCUUGGGGGAGGGACAAAAGCACGGUGGAAGACGCCCUAUUGGCCCAUCUCACCACUCAGAAUAAAUCCUAACAAUCUUAAGCUUCCAAUGGAGUGAGUCUGUAAAAAAAAUUUUUUAGAAAGGUUUUGAUUUUGUGUGUUCGUUCACACCUGCUUAAAAACACCACUCGGGCCAUGACAGACCGACAGUCACCACAUUUUCCUUCAUGAUUUGCAAAAUGAAAAUUUCCAAUUGACAUUUGUAAAUAUACUGUAGCUAAUGUGGAGGUGCGUUAGCUACAGUAGGAAGUCGAUAUGUUGUUGAACAGUUACGAUGAUGGAGUUUUGUAAAUAACCCCCUACCCUUCAAUGCAGAAAAAAUGUAAAAUGUCCAAAAAACACUUUUUUUUGAGGAAAUGGUAAUGUUUGCAUGUUAUUAACCAACGGGGGUUCUUUUUUUGUUCUGUUUUUAACUUUGCAUUGUGUUCCUUCAUUUAUGCCUUCACACUUUGUAUGUGCCUCAUCAUAUUGGAAUGGAGUCGGGUCAGUGGGGUGCACUGUAAAACUCUACCAUGAUGCACUCGGUGCGGACUGGCUCCUACUAGCUUGUUCCUCUUUUUAUUAGCAAAACUCUACUUGGUGAAGGCCGGAAGGUAUUUUUUUGAAGGUCCCUGGGUCCGUAUGUGUUAAAUAUAUGAUCUAGAAUCAGGUUUUGUCUUUUUGUAUCCUAUUGAAUACAGUUAAUAAUAUGUUCAAGAGCUGAUUCUAGGUCAGCACUCUGAGGCGCUUUGUACAUAUAGAUCUAGGCUGUUUUCCGUAGGCUUAACUUGUACUCAUAGCAGGGGGAGUAAGAAAUCCAUCUACGUAAGAGUACGUGGAUAGAUUUGUUUGUGUGCUUUUUGUUUGAUUAGUUGUUUUGGUGGGCAUGUACAUAAGUAGACUGUAAACAUGCAUAAGUUAUGUUUUGAUUUACAAUGGCCUAGUAUUUUUUUGCUCACUGAUUUGAAACGAUGUGAUUGCAAGGGAGAAAAUAUGAAUGUUGGAAAUAAAAAGCAUUUUCUUGUCCAAAAUAAAA